CAGGCUUUAACGUGAAAGUCGGCAAAACAACAAUCUUCGACAACCUUAAAACCUCUUCUUUUACUCAACAUCUCGAUAACUUCCCCGAAAGCCACAGGGCGGCAACCAACCCUCGCGGGUGCGCGGCAUCAAUAAUGGAUCCCCUCAAUGUUAUUUCGUCAAUCACUGGCAUUAUUACCGCAGCGGUGCAAGUCUCCAAUCUCCUUGGCCAGAUUAAGGAUGCGCCAACACUGGUCUCGGCGGUGGUGACGGAGGUGGACCAUAUCCAGCUUAUUUUUCGUGCAUUGCAAACUUUCCUUGACAGAGCGACUAAAGUGCCAGGGGGGCGUGCUGCGCUGAUUCAGCUUGAUGAUAUCGUUGUGAUUUUGACACAGACAGUGCUUGUAUUUUCCGAGCUAGAGUCGCUGGUCAGCCCGCUCUCGAAACAAGUCAAAACGUCUUACUUAGCACGCCUAACGUGGACGAAGGUACAACUUGGUGUCGAGCGCCUUGUAAACCAAUUGCAGAGACACAAGACGUCGUUGACGCUCCUCCUGCAGAUAAUUCAGUGGUAAGCCCAUAGCCUCUCAGGCCUCUAGGUUCUUUAGUGAAGCUUAAUUUUGGCUUUUCCUAGCGAUUCGGACCUUCAGGCGGGAGAGGCUGCCGGUAACCUGCGGCGG